CUGAUAUUUCACGCACGCACGAAAUCGUCGUACGGUUUUCGGGACACUGUCGCGGAUUGUUUAUCGUUCAAUUUUAAUUUCCUUCAUCAAAGUUCAAGUCGUUUUCUGUCCAACCGAUUGUUUUCGUGUGUCGUCUUCCACGCCUGCCGGCCGUUGUCAGUGCAGAGACCGAAGAAACCACAUCAUUUUGUGGCAUCGCAUCGUCGUGGGGAAUCAGUUUUACGCGUUCGGUAGCGGCGUGCUGUAUCGAUUGUUUUCUUUUGUUCGUGGUGUGGUAGAACUAGCGAAAGGGAAGGAACUUGCAAGAGUUUUCCUCCCGGUGCGUCAUAAUUCUCCGUUCCAGUUAGUUUCGUGUUAUCACCGUACUCGCGGUCAUUGAAAAGAAAAGGCAACAUAAAAAGUGCACUUUUAUCGCUGCAUCGAGAGUGCACGCUUUUGUCUGUGUGUGUUGUUCGCCUCUCCUAGAGGUGCAGUGUGCAAUAUUUUUUUGGCGACGAAAAGAAGCGUGAUUCACAGUGUCAAAUUUCAGCUAGGAUCGAAAACGGCACGCGGUGUUCGUCAAGAUAGUGCCUACCGGAGCGGAACCUAUUAGCGGAUAUAGUUCGGCCAAAAUACGAGGAAGUAAAACCGGUUGCCGGGAAUUAAUCAACCCACGGAAGGAGAAGGGAACGAGGAAACGAAAAAACGGCUGAUUUGUGAAUAUUCCGGAUCGUUCUUAUCGCGCCGCCGGGAUUAAGACUGUCUUGUGUGCGGGAAGGAAAAGAAGUAACUGGAGAUCGAAGGCGCUAGGAAGAGGAAAAGCGAUAGAAUCAGCUGUCACGUUCUGUGCCCGCCGGAUCAAUAACCUAACCUAACGCCCACCUAAACCCCCAGAACAGCAACCAAACGAAAAAGAAAAACAAUGUCGGACAAGGAAGUGAACCCGGCCGAGGUAGAGCAGGAGCAGGAACACGACACCAAUUAUCAGCCACCGCCGCAGAAGACGAUCGAGGAAAUUAUGGCCGCUGAUGCGGAGGACGAAAGCUUGCGGAAGUACAAAGAGGCGCUGCUCGGCGAAGCGCAGGCCGAAAAGAUCAUUUUCGAUGCAUCCGAUACGCGAAAAGUUAUCGUGAAAAAGCUAGCCCUCCUCGUCGCCGGCCGCGACCCGAUGGAACUCGAUCUGACCGGAGAUUUAUCGAAGCUUAAAAAGAACGUGUUCGUCAUCAAGGAAGGCAUCCAGUACAAGCUCCGCAUUGAUUUCAUCGUUCAACGUGAAAUUGUGCACGGAUUGAAGUACGUGCAGAAGACCUACCGAAUGGGAGUUCCCGUGGACAAAAUGGUGCAGAUGGUCGGCUCCUACCCGCCCAAGAAGGAAAUCCAGAGCUACACCACCCCGUUCGAGGAGGCACCGUCUGGUAUGAUGGCCCGCGGCACCUACUCCGUCGCGUCCCUCUUCACCGACGACGACAAGAACGAGCACCUGAAGUGGGACUGGAGCUUCGAAAUCAAAAAAGACUGGCAGUAAAAUGCAAUCCCACUGCGCCCCCUUCCUUCCCUUCCAACUCAGCCCUCUGUCCCCUCAAUCCGCGAAAGGCUCCGAGUUUUGGUGCAACCUGAAGCCCCCUCCAACGCCCAAUGCCCCAUGCACGGUCCCGCGUAAUGAAGUGAAAAAGUGUGCGAAUAGUUCGGCGGGAAAGGUGGCAACAAACAAACAUAUUCUUCUGCUCGCUUUAUAUAGAAUGACAGAGGGAGAGAAAGAGAGAGAACGAGAAAGUGGAAGGCAAUUUAAGAGCCGGAAAGGAUUCAAUGAACAAACAAACAAGUUAUAUUAAAGUGCGUAAAUGUAGCUCAACACUGGAAAAUAAGGUUAUAUCGAAAUGGAUGCUGCAACUAGCGAGUAAUAAAGAAAAAAAACACACUGGAGGAGCGCAAGAUUUGCAAGAAACCACACGAAGAGAGAUCAUACACAAAACCGCAAUGUUGUUUGUAAAUUGCAAGAUAAUGUGGGAAAGGAUGAUGAAACUUAAUGAUUUUUAAGCUAAUGAUAAUAAUGUCGCAAUGUGGCCACAAAUCACCUUCUAAGAGCAUACUUUUAAAUGGUCACACAAAACACAGGAAGAAGCCUGGUGGAGGAUCAUAACGAGAAACGAGACUAACUUACUUCGAGCGAGCAAUACGGAGGGUACGUUCGAGAUCAGUGUUCCACUGGCGGACCAAAGGAUAAGAAACGCCGAAAUGGUAUUUUGUUUUCUUCCCAAUGCGAUAAAAUGUUUGUGUUUGUUUUUUUUUUCUCCAACAAAAAACACACGCGGUUUAUUAAUCAGGUUUGCAUUUGUAGGAUCGUAUCGUUGCCUUGCGCGUCCGCACAGUAUUUGCCAUUUGGGUCGCAUUUUGAUUUAAGUUGUAGCGGGCGCCAUAAUAAGCUGGACCUCGUCGAGGUUCCACGCGUUGUCAUUUGUAUUGUACGAGGAAUCAAAAACAAAAAUCACUACAAACUCACAUGGAACAGUAUAUUAUUCGGAUUUACGGAUAAAGGCGGGAAUUUUUGUAUGCGCCAUCGAAAUAGUAUUUUCACAUUAGCAUUCGCAAUUCUUUCUACCCUCUGAUGGAUUUUGUGAGACAUUUGGUUUCAAUUUUUAUUUUAAAAAGUAAACAUGCGAAGAUAUGUAACGACGGUUAAGCAAACAGAAAUAGGUUGGAAAGAAAUAUAAAGUCACUGCAAUUUGGUUCAACAUAUUCAUCUCGGUGUCCAGUAUAGUAUUAAAAAAGACGGGUGUGGGGGUUGCUGGUAUAAUCCGGCCCGGUUUAUUUUAGCCUUCCCGUUUCCACACGGAACGUAAAAAGCCAUUUUUCGCGCGAAAAACUAUCCAUGAUGCAUAUGCUUCGAAGCGAACGAUCGAAAGGUAGGAACGAAAGACGAGGUGAUGUGAAGAUGAUCAGCCGUCGGGCGGACAUUUGCGGUUGUACGUUUGCUUGCAUUGAUUGUUGCUCCCACACAGCUGCCACCCGGCCGUCGUGGUCGGGGGAGUGGACAUGCCGUCAUCUAUAUGAAUGAAAUAAAAACCAAAAAACACAGGUGCUUGUGGAAAAACACA